CUGCCUCUGCUGACCGUCACACAUUCCAUUCCGCUGUGAUCUCCAGCAGGCUGCACGUAAUCCAAUCCAUUCCAAUCCGUCAUGGCAGAAGGAGGAACAACCUUGGAGUACACUCCGACUUGGGUGGUGGCUUUGGUGUCUAGUGUCAUAGUCAUCCUAUCACUUUUCCUCGAGAGAACCCUUCACUACACCGGCAAGUAUCUCAAGAAACACAACCAGAAACCUCUCUUUCAGGCCUUGCAGAAGAUCAAAGAAGAGUUGAUGCUUUUGGGGUUUAUAUCACUGCUGCUGACGGUGUUCCAAGGACGUAUAGCCAAAAUCUGUAUAACCGAAAAACAGGCCGGUCAAUGGCUGCCUUGCAAGAAAGAGACCACCAGUACUAGUACUAGUGCCCAUUUCCAGACCGUGUUCUUUCCCUGGAGCAGUGCUGCCCGUCGUUUUCUUGCUGAAGACUCUGCUUCCACCACGUCCGGCUCCUGUUCAGAGGGGAAGGUCCCUCUGUUAUCCACCACGGCAUUGCAUCAUCUUCACAUCUUCAUUUUUGUGCUGGCUGUGGUGCAUGUGACUUUCUGUGUUCUAACCAUUCUUUUUGGAGGAGCAAAGAUACGUGAAUGGAAACAUUGGGAGGAUUCUAUCACCAAAAAGGAGUACAACCCACAAGAAGUUUUGACAAUGAAGUUCACCCACGUCCACGAUCAUGAUUUUAUUAGGGGCCGCUUUCGUGGUAUUGGAAAGAAUUCAGCUAUUCUUGGCUGGUUGCAUGCAUUUUUCAAGCAAUUUUAUGGCUCUGUGACCAAAACAGAUUAUAUGACAAUGCGACUAGGCUUCAUCAGUACCCAUUGCAAGGCAAAUCCAAAUUUUAAUUUCCACAAGUACAUGAUUCGUGCCCUUGAAGCAGAUUUUAAAAGAGUCGUUGGGAUAAGUUGGUAUCUUUGGAUCUUUGUGGUCAUCUUCUUGUUGCUGAAUGUGUCGGGUUGGCAUGCCUAUUUCUGGAUAGCAUUCAUUCCAUUCAUCCUUUUACUUGCGGUUGGGACUAAGUUGGAGCAUGUAAUAAGUCAACUGGCCCAUGAGGUUGCUGAGAAACACAUUGCAAUCGAAGGUGACUUGGUUGUUCAGCCUUCAGAUGAUCAUUUUUGGUUUCACCGGCCCAGACUCGUUCUCUUACUCGUUCAUAUCAUCCUGUUCCAAAAUUCGUUUGAACUCGCAUUUUUCUUCUGGAUAUUGGUUCAGUAUAAAUUUCAUUCCUGCAUGAUGGGGGAACUUGGUUAUGUUAUCCCAAGGCUUGUAAUUGGAGUAUUCGUUCAGUUCGUCUGCAGUUACAGUACCUUGCCACUGUACGCAAUUGUCACACAGAUGGGAAGUUCGUUCAAGAAGGCUAUAUUUGAAGAACAUAUACAAGAGGGGCUUGUUGGGUGGGCUCGGUCGGCCAAAAAGAAUAAGGCGUUGAGAAACGCAGCUAAUGCAAAUGGUUCUGGUUCUGGUUCUGGUGCUGGUGCCGGUUCUACUCAAGUAGGUGUAGGUGUAGGUGUAGGUCUCAAAGAGAAAGAGAAUGAGGCUUCAGUGACACUUGAAUUGGCUCAAAAACUAAAAGUUGGAAACAAGGAGGGAUCUUCUCUCCAACGUCAUGACACUACUUCUACAGGUGCGGCUGCGGCUGCGGCUGUGACUGCCGUAGAAAUUGAGCCCCAACAGCCACUCAUACAGCAAAGUAAACUUCAAUAAACCUGCCGGAGAAAUCAAGCAUUGCGAUUGGAUCAUAUGCUGCGGCAUACACUGCAUUAUGCUAUCAAAGUGGAUGUUGGUGAUACAAUUCUCCCUGCGAGUGUUUUUAACUCUUAUCAGUUUAAAAUGCUUGUAACACUUUAAGUAGGCAUGAGGCUCUUUUAAACAAGUGAUUUGUUAUAUCAAGCGCGCCACUGUUGGCAAAUACCAACUUCAAUGUUGAAUUGUAAUGUUAUUUGAAUGUAAACUGCACCAUAAGUAAACUGAAUUUCUAAUAAAAACGAUUGUGCCAUGAA